AUGGAGAAGUCGCCAAGGCGGUUGAUAGUGGUACGACACGGAGAACGCUGCGAUUUCACCUUCAGCCAACAAGGAAUUAGCUGGAUGAAACAAGCUUUCGAUACCAAUGGGAGAUAUCACCAGUUUGAUUUAAAUUUACCUAGAAAUCUACCAAAACGUAAAGAUGGCUUCGAAAUGUUCGCAUAUGAUGCACCGCUGACUGAAAUGGGCUAUUUGCAGUCGAAACUUACGGGUUUUCCGUUUUUGCUUUUAGAUAUUGAUCUUUGUACUUCAUACUUAUCAACAUGCAGAGCUUUGCGAGACCAUGACGUAAAAAUAGAUCAUGUUUAUUGCUCUGCUGCAUUACGAUGUGUGCAAACUGCUGUUGGGAUCAUUAAAGGUAUGGAUAGUCGUACAUUGAGAAUCAAUGUUGAACCGGGACUUUAUGAGUGGAUGCAUUGGUGCCGAAAUGGUGUUCCAUCCUGGAUGACGCCAGAAGAGCUUAGCCGUAGUGGCUAUCCGAUCAAUAAUUAUUAUAUGCCUUUGCUAAAACCAAAUGAGCUGUGCGCAGAUGAAACACUGAACGAUUUUUAUGAAAGAUCCUUUUCAUUGGUUCGCAAAAUACUGUCCGUUCAUAAUGAAGGAACAGUACUUCUGGUGGCGCAUGGUCCAUCAAUGGAUGCUUUGACACGGCAACUUUGUGGUGGUGCACCAAGAACCCCAGAGGAUUUCAUAUACAAACUCCAACAGAUACCGUAUUUGGCAUGCUUACAAGUGGUUGAACAGUCCAUCGAUAGUGAUAAUAAUGGUAGUAUCAAAAGCAGCAGUAGCAACAGUGGUGACACUAGUAAUAAAUCAUGGAAAUUCGAUGGUUCACCAAUACCUCCACUCACUCAUGCUUCCAAUUCUUCAUUUGACACAAA